AUGUGCGAUCAUAAUGUCAAUUUGACUCAAUUGCUUGAUGCAUUUCAAUUAUUCGAUACAAACAAAGAUGGCUCGAUUAGUUUCGAUGAAUUUCGAUCUGUUUGUCACAAAUUACAAAUGCCUAUGGAUGAAACUAAAUUAAAAGAUUCAUUUCAAGAUCGUGAGGAUAUAACAUUUGAUGAAUUUUGUCAAAUAAUACAACAACAUGGUUCACCUACAGCCGAUGCAUAUUUUCAAGAAACAUUCAAUGCAUUUGAUAAAAACUGCGACGGCUUUAUAACAGCUAAAGAAAUUAAAAAAACAAUGAAAGAACUUGGUGAACGAUUAACUGAUAAACAAGCUAAAGCUAUGCUUAAAUCAGCUGAUGCAAAUGGUGAUGGAAAAUUGUCUAAAGAUGAAUUUCGUUCUCUAUUUAAUCAGCUAACACAAUUUAGAAAUGCCACAGAAGCAUCAGCAUCGUCUUCAAAUACAAAUUAUCAAGAUGACACUGUAUAA